AUGAAUUUCUGUCUUGACGCCGACGGUUUGUUUGUGCGCGAACAUCUUGUAACAUCAGCUGUUGCCGUCAAAGUCAAAAAUCAAACGGCCAUGAAAUUCUAUUCGACCAAGAUCAGCAUUUCUCCGGCAAUUGUGGUACAUAAUGGCGACGUCAAAUCCGUAUGGAAACUAUUAUGUUCUAAUUGUUGUAUAUAUGUAAAGUUGAUUUACUGCAAUAUCAAAGACAUUAACGUUAAAGUUACAGCACCCAAAUGCCAACCUAAAAAACAACCGGGCAUCAUAAAGGGUUUUGCCAAUAUCUUCGCUAGCAAAGAAUUCAGUGAUGUUACCCUGGUCACUGAAGAUAAAACUGAAUUCCAGGUCCACAAAGUUGUAUUAUGCGCUCGCAGUAAAGUUUUUGCAGCCAUGUUUCGAAAUGACCUGCGAGAGAAGCUAACCGGCAGUAUUACCAUCGACGAUAUGGAUUCGUACGUGCUGAAAGAAUUGCUGAAUUACAUUUACACGGAUGUAAUACCCAAGGAAAUGGCAGCAGAUUUAUUUGUGGCGGCCAAUAAAUAUGCCCUAGACGAUUUGCAAGAAAUGUGUGAAGAUUUCUUAAUCGAAGCAAUGAGUGUAGACACUGUGGCUGAUAUUCUUCUUCUGGGUGAUCGUCAUUCCAGUGAACACCUUAAAUUAAUGGCUGUUCAAUUUGCAAUCGAAAACAUUGAAACAGUCGUGGCAACGGAGAGCUGGAAACGAUUGCGCAAAAUUGAAGUUGAUUUAUGUAUGGACGUUUUGGAAAAGGCCAUGCAGGAACGUUUGUAG